GUGCUUGGAUUGGAGAUUGAGGAACUUAAAGAGAGCUGGAGACGUUCACAUCAACCCCAUAAACAUGAAGACGGUGGCCUUUCUUUGUUUUAGUUUCUUAUAUUUUGGGUACAUACUUUGUAGCUGCCCCAGUAACAAUUUGGAAAUCACAUCUGUUGAAGACGUUUAUGAAUUAAUAUGGGAGAACAACAGUGCAAUUGCCUUUGAGACACUCCGAGUAGACUUCCUACAACAAAUGCAGAAUGGCAGUCUCCAGGCAGAGCGAUACAUAAACUUCACCAUGCAAGACAUCAACUACAUACUGACGGUGACGAAAAUGUUGAAGGAAAUGAGUGAAAAAGAAAUCCAGCCUGAUGACCUCAGGGACUUCAUAAACGGCAGAUACUUAAGUUAUAAAAAAUAUACCGACUUAAUGCUUGAAAGAUUUUCUUUUAAGGAUGUGCCCACCAUUAAGCCAACUCCAGCUAUGACGAAAUAUCUGUCGUUCUACAGAGAACUGAUGGAAGAUCCACUGGACUUUGCUGUGGGUCUUCUGCCCUGCGCCAGACUCUGGGUCUGGCUGGGUAAAAAUAUCAAAACACCUAAAAAUAAUGCAUACUACAGUUGGAAGGUGGAGAACAUGGACGGCCAUCCUGAGAAGCACUACAAAGCUCUGCUGGAAAAGCAUCUGGACACACACGAAAAACUGGAGAAGGCCAAUAAUAUAUUCCGUGAACAGAUGCAAAAUGAGCAUGAUUUCUUUUACUCAUCUUGAGUGGUUGAUGGCUGAUUAGUAGUUAUGAAUUUUUUUCUACCAGUAUAAAAAUGGAAUUCCAUGUGGGAAAAAAAAUAUUUGCAUGACUCACCACUCUUUAAAAAAAUCAGAAAUCAGAAAUUGAUGGUCAUCCAGGGCAUAUAUUCUGUGUACUCUCAUGUUUGAUUGCAUUUCAUGUGUGAUUAUUCAUCUUUGAUUGUAAGGUCUGUAGAAUAAAAUUCAAGGAGAUGUUUUGUUUUAUGAAAACUAUGUAGGGGAGAUGAUGUGGGGAUUGAGACAGGGAUGAUUGUAAUAUUGUUUGCUUUUAUCAUCUGUAACUUAAGUGUGUUAUGUAUCUCAAGCAUUGAUAUCAUUUUAAAUUAGUUGUUUUGGAAUCUACUUGUCCUCAAAAUGUGAAGGUUAAUGUCAA